CUUAGCGGCUUUUUGUUGCAUUAGAUCACAUACUUUCUAUGUUGAAUCCGAAGAAGAUGAACCCUUCAGUCCCUCCCAAGAUUUACUAUCCCUAAUCACCUCCCUAUAACAAGGGCUCCGCCAUCAAAAUAUUCGUCGGGUCUUUUUCUAAGUUUAACAACCACAGAUACCAACAGAGCUAUAGGAGCUACCACCAUGGAAGACUACAGAUCUGCUAGUUAUUCUUCCUCUUCUUCUAAUUUGUUGAAAGAUGAGGAGGAUGUUAUAAGGCAUUUGUUGGAACCCUUUGAUGAAAUGCCCAUGGGGUUUCGACAAGGAGGUUGGGGUAGUCGAGUUGGGUGGGCGCAGUGGAGAAGAUUUGAAUGGCGGUGGAGAUGGAUUACCGGCAUGGUCUGAUGGGUUGUGGGAGCUUGAAGAUGAAGCUGUAAAUUAAUAAAGGGAAUGCAAAUUC